AAAGAAUGAAAGAAGAAAAAAAUUAAAUCCUAUCGGAUACAAAUUUGACGUCCGCAAGGAGACACACAAUCUCUCUCAACUCUCUCUCUCUGAAAAAUAAUCUCCCUCUCUCUCUCUCUAGAUUCAGCAGCACACAAACAAGGACACAGAACAGCACAAACAUCUACAGAGAACUAAAAAAAGGAAAGACAACAGAGAAAGAUUAGAUUUUUGAAGAGGAUGAGUGAAACAAAACAGGACCCUGGAGUCUUGAGAGCUUUUUAACUCAAAUAAAACACCUCUUUGUAUUCAGUAAAAAGUGUUUUUUUUUCUUGUUGAGAUUGUAGUUUCAUUGAAAGAAAUCUUCUUGGGAGGAUAUCAACUUGAGUAUUGUAUUGUGAGAUUCAUGCGAGAAACAUUUAAAGAUCGCUGGUCGUGUCAAGACAGCGCGGCUGUAGAAUGUUCAGAAUCGAAGAUUCAUCUUUGCUUCUGGUCUUCUUUGGUGUGUGCCUCAUGUUUCAGAGAACGCAGCACCAUUUGCUCAGGCACAAAACAUAUUUGGCACAUACUGAGGACGUUGAUGUCUGCAGUGUUGGAUGUGGAGUUCAAGUGAUGACUAAGUCCAGCUGUCUGAGUGCUUUAUCUUGCUUUGUUAUGCAAUUUUAGGCUAUUCAAUUUAUGUUGUUUUAGAUAGUUUUGUACUCCAAAUAGUGUUUUUUUUAUUGUGAUUCUUGGUAAGAUGGUACCCUCGGGGCCGCCUACUCCAAUUGGGGGUGCCCAGUCUGUUUCUCCUUCACUUUUGAGAUCAAAUUCGGGGAUGUUGGGAGCUCAAGGUGGUCCUUUGAGUUCCCAAACAGCAUUCCCUUCUCUAAUGUCCCCCCGUACUCAGUUUAAUAACAUGAGCAUGCUUGGAAAUGUGCCCUCCCUCCUGAACCAGUCUUUUGGGAACGGAGGUCCAAAUCCUGGACUUCCUGGGCCUGGGAGCAGUCAGCGUGGAAAUAUUGAUACCGGGGCAGAGUCUGAUCCACUUUCAAAUGUUGGUAACGGAAUGGGUUUCAAUGCUCCUCCAUCGUCAUUUGUACCGUCAAAUAUGGUUAAUCCUGGACCUUCAGGUCAAGUUCAGGGACAACAGUUUUCAAGUCCUUCCGGCAACCAGUUGUUGCCCGAUCAACAACAGUCCCAACAACUUGAAGCACAAAGUUUCCAGCAUGGUCAGCAAUCAAUGCAACAGUUCUCUGGCUCUCACAACGCCCAGCAGGUGCAGCAGCAACAUCAAUUUCAAUCAAUACGAGGAGGGUUAGCUGGUGUUGGACCUGUUAAGAUGGAGCCACAUGUGACAAAUGAUCAACAUGGAGCACAGCAGCCGCAGCCACUGAGAAAUCUGGGUCCAGUCAAGUUGGAGCCACAGCAAAUUCAGAUGAUGCGAAAUUUGUCAACGGUAAAGUUGGAACCGCAACAUUCAGAUCAAUCUUUGUUUUUACAACAACAGCAUCAGCAGCAGCAGCAGCAGCAGCAGCAGCAGCAGCAGCAUCAGCAGCAGCAGCAGCAGCAGCAGCAGCAUCAGCAGCAGUUCCUUCACAUGUCAAGGCAGUCUUCUCAGCAGGCUGUUGUACAACUAAAUCUUUUGCAUCAGCAAAGGAUUCUGCAAAUGCAUCAACAACAGCAACAGCAACAGCAACAGCAGCAGCAACUUUUGAAGGCAAUACCUCAGCAAAGGCCUCAAUUACCACAACAAUUUCAACAACAGAACUUACCUUUGAGAUCUCCAGUAAAAUCAGUAUAUGAACCUGGGAUGUGUGCCCGUCGUCUCACAAAUUACAUGCAUCAACAGCAGCGCAGACCUGAAGACAAUAACAUUGAUUUCUGGAGGAAAUUUGUUUCUGAGUUCUUUGCUCCCCAUGCAAAAAAGAAGUGGUGUGUUUCUAUGUAUGGAGGUGGCCGGCAAACAGCUGGUGUUUUCCCUCAGGAUGUAUGGCAUUGUGAGAUUUGCAAUCGCAAGCCAGGCCGGGGUUUUGAGGCAACUGUUGAGGUUCUUCCCAGGCUUUUCAAAAUCAAAUAUGAAAGUGGUACCUUGGAAGAACUUCUUUAUGUUGAUAUGCCACGUGAAUAUCAGAACUCAUCCGGUCAAAUUGUUCUGGAUUAUGCGAAAGCAAUACAGGAAAGUGUUUUUGAGCAACUUCGUGUUGUUCGUGAUGGUCAACUACGGAUAGUCUUCUCUCCAGAUUUGAAGAUAUGCUCAUGGGAGUUUUGUGCUCGACGGCAUGAAGAGCUUAUACCUCGAAGAUUGUUGAUACCACAGGUAAGUCAGCUUGGUGCUGCAGCUCAAAAGUAUCAGGCUGCCGCUCAAACUGCAUCGUCCAAUUUAUCUGUCCCAGAGUUGCAAAAUAAUUGUACCAUGUUUGUUGCAUCAGCUCGACAACUGGCAAAAGCCUUGGAAGUGCCAUUAGUAAACGAUCUAGGAUAUACUAAGAGAUAUGUACGGUGCCUUCAGAUAUCAGAAGUGGUAAAUAGUAUGAAAGACUUGAUUGAUUAUAGCCGAGAAACAGGAACUGGACCAAUGGAGAGUUUGGCCAAGUUCCCUCGGAGGACAGGUUCUUCAUCUGGGUUCCAUAGUCAAGCUUCACAGCCUGAGGGACAGCAGCAGCAGCAACUGCAAACAAUACCCCAGAACUCAAAUAGUGAUCGAAGUUCAGCCCAAGUCCCAAUGCAAAUCACUGCUAGCAAUGGUAUGGCUAGUGUAAAUAACUCACUCACCACAGCAUCUACAACCACGUCUGCCAGCACUAUUGUGGGGCUUCUCCACCAAAAUUCAAUGAAUUCAAGACACCAAAAUUCUAUGAAUAAUGCAAGCAGUCCCUAUGGAGGAAACUCUGUUCAGAUUCCAUCUCCUGGUUCCUCUGGAACGAUUCCACAGGCACAACCUAAUCCUUCUCCUUUCCAGUCACCAACUCCCUCAUCAUCAAAUAAUCCUCCACAAACAUCUCAUAGUGCCUUGACAGCUUCCAAUCAUAUUAGUUCCACAAAUUCACCAGCAAACAUUCCCUUGCAACAGCCAGCUCUUUCUGGUGAGGCUGACCAUGGUGAUUCUCAAAGCUCUGUCCAGAAAAUCAUACAUGAAAUCAUGUUGUCCAACCAACUUAAUGGAAAUGGUGGAAUGGUUGGGGUUGGUUCUUUGGUGAAUGACGUGAAAAAUGUUAAUGGGAUUUUGUCAACAGGCAACAAUACGGUUCUCAAUGGAGGAAAUGGCCUGGUGGGAAAUGGGACAGUCAAUAGUUCUGGAAUAGGGGGUGCUGGAUAUGGCACCAUGGGUGGACUUGUGCAGUCUACAGUGGUCAAUGGAAUCAGAGCUGCAAUGGGUAAUAACUCUUUAAUGAAUGGUCGGAUGGGUAUGCCAUCGAUGGUACGAGACCAGAGCAUGAAUCAUCAACAUGAUUUGGGGAACCAGCUGCCUAGUGGGCUAGGAGCAGUUAAUGGGUUUAGUAAUCUUCAGUUUGAUUGGAAACCAUCCCCUUGAAGGUUCUGUUAAUUAUACUGAUGUCUCAACAGCUGCUUGUGCAGCACGAGUGUGGGCAGAAUUUCAUAAAAGAUGGCAUUACACGAAGGAAUGGCUUGAGGGCUUGCUUCCCACUUUGUACUAAAUUUUCGAGGAAAAGUAAAACAUAUAGCAUAGUGUUUUAUCAAUGAAAUAUUAAAUCCUCUUCGAGUUGCCUCAUUAA